AUGGCUUUAUUUUGGCCCAAUGGUGUUCAGCAUAACGAUGAAUUAUUUUUUGUAAGCGACGCAGCACCAUAUAUGGUUAAAUCAGCAUCUGUAAUAAAAGUUUUUUAUUCCAAAAUGGUUCACAUUACGUGUUUGGCUUAUGGUCUUCACAGGGUCGCAGAGGAGGUUCGUACCGUGUUUCCAAAAGUAUACAAACUAAUUUCGAAUGUUAAAAAAACUUUUUUAAAAGCACCAUAUCGAGUCCAAAUUUUUAAAAACGAAGCUCCUGAAGUAAUGCUACCACCUGCAUCUAUAAUUGCUCGUUGGGGGACGUGA